AUGCUGCGCACCUUUGUUCUGUUCGGUGCCUGCUUGGCAACGUUGGACCUCAGCUAUAAGCCCACGCCUAACCAAAAGAAGGCAGAAAUUGAAGAACGAAUUAAGCACUUGAUGGAUAUGAAGUUUUUGAUUCCGCCGAAGGACAGUGAACGCAUUGAGAUAAAACUGGAUAAGGAAGAAGAGCUACCGGAAGAGUAUGUUGAACUACUACUAGCGUUCGAACAAACGCAUGUAAUUGCUGAAAUGUGCUUGUUACCAAAUUUUAAUCUGCUAGGUCCUUCAGUUUUUUCGUCACAGGUUUGA